GCGCUGCAGAGCAGGUUUUUCUUCCUCACCCCCCCACAAAAAAACAUUUCAUCUGCUGGUUGAGUGUAAGUUUAUGGCCAGAUACAUGAGGCCCCCAAACACGUCUUUGUUCGUCAGAAACAUCUCCGAUGAAUCCAGAAAAUGUAAAUGCAUCCAGUUGUGGAACCGGCCACAAAGAGUAACAAAGACCCGUGUAGAGUAGCUGUAAAGACAAGUCACACAGACCUUCAGGAUCAGAGGGAGGGAAAAGGUUGAAAAGAGAAAGUAAAGCAUGAAGAGGAAAAGGGAACGGAAACGAGGCUUGGAUAUGGCGGCAAAGAAUUGGGAAAAGAAAAGAGGUUUAAGAGGAAAAGGCAAGCAGGAAACCCAAGUCUCUGUGGGAGUCGAUUAAAGAGUGUAAAGAUCAAGAUGAAGUUCAAAGUCAAGCAUGGGCAAAGCUCUGCUAAUGUAAAACAUGGGAGACUGGAACUUCCUCGGGGGGAUCUUGGAGGAGGUGCAUAUCCACUCCACCAUGGUCGGCAAGAUCUGGCUGACCAUCCUCUUCAUAUUUCGGAUGUUGGUGCUCGGCGUCGCAGCUGAAGACGUGUGGAACGACGAGCAGUCAGACUUCGUCUGCAACACCGACCAGCCUGGCUGCCGCAACGUCUGCUACGACCAGGCCUUCCCCAUCUCCCUCAUCCGCUACUGGGUGCUGCAGGUUAUCUUCGUGUCAUCGCCCUCACUGGUCUACAUGGGUCACGCCAUCUACCAGCUGCGAGCUCUGGAGAAGGAGCGCCACUGCAAGAAGGUGGCUCUCCGUCGGGAGCUGGAGGCGGUGGAUGUGGAGAUGGUGGAGAUACGGAGGAGGAUUGAGAAGGAGAUGAAGCAGCUGGAGCAGGGGAAGCUCAACAAAGCUCCACUGAGGGGCUCUCUGUUGUGCACUUAUCUGGUCCACAUAGUGACUCGCUCAGUAGUGGAGGUCAGCUUCAUGGUGUGUCAGUACAUCCUCUAUGGGCACCGCCUGAACCCUCUUUUCAAGUGUGAAAGGGAGCCAUGUCCAAAUGUGGUGGACUGCUUCGUCUCUAGGCCCACUGAGAAAACUGUUUUCAUGGUGUUCAUGCAGGGGAUCGCCUGCAUCUCCCUCUUUCUCAGCCUUCUUGAGAUCAUGCACCUGGCAUACAAGAGGGUUAAAAAAGGCAUCCUGAGCUACUACCCACACCUGAAAGCUGAUCUUGAUGAUUAUUAUGUUGACAAGUCAAAAAAGAACUCAGUUGUGCAGCAGGUUUGCAUGGGCACUUCUGUGGGUCGCAAGAAUACUAUCCCCACAGCACCAUGUGGAUACACAUUACUGUUGGAGAAGCAGGGCAACGGACCCACCUACCCUCUACUUAAUGCCUCCUCUGCCUUUGUCCCUAUAAAAGGGGACCCUGGUGCAAAGCCAGACAGCCACAAGGACAGCAAGGAAGGAGUGCCAAGCCCAACAGAGCAAACUGGCAACACAAGCAGCGAGACACGUUCCCCUCCUGUGGACAAACAGGACGAACCAGAGGACCAAUCCUCCCCUCAUCAUGAGGACAUGGAGUGUGCCAGCUCUGAGUACCCCACCCUCCCUGUGGCAAACACCUCCUCCUGCACAACACUGUCAGGCAUUGUGAGGAAGUCACGGAGGGUCAGCCCACCAUGGAACUGCUCCACUCUGGUAGAGGGGAAUGGCUCGGACAGUGGGGACUCCUACCACGGCAACAACAGCGUGAAGCUACGCAGCAGCUGUGUUGGACCCCGAGCGAGGGUGCUCUCUAAAUCAGACAUUAAGAGGCCGAGCAGGUCUCAGAGUCCAGACUCUGCAGGGGAGCUGAGCUCAGUAUCUCGACACAGCCGGGAGAGUAACAGCCCCACUGCCUCCUCUCCAAACCGCAGAGUGUCAGCGGCGAGCAGUGCCAGCAGCAGACGAGCUCCAACUGAUCUGCAGAUAUAAACAGACCGUAUGCUCCUAACAUAUAAUCUCUCAAUAUGCAUGUUUGGGUGCAAGUUAUAUGAACACUUUAUUACUGCACUUUUCAAACAUUUAUAAUUCUUUAAAAGAAGCACAAAAGGCCCAUUGCUAAGGAGAUUAUGCUCUUGACAUCAAAGAACAGCCUUUUUCCAAUCAUAUUAAAAUGUAAAAUCUAACAUCUACUUUUUAGAUUUUAAAGGCCCAGUGUGUAGGAUUUAGGGGGAUGUAUUGGCAGAAAUGGAAUAUAAUAUAGCUUGUUGUCUUAAGUGUAUAAUCACCUAAAACUAAGAGUAGUCCUGUUUCUGUUACCUUAGAAUGAGCUGUUUACAUCUACAUAGGGAGCUGGUCCUUGUCUAUGGAGAUCACCAUGUUGCACCACCACGUUUCUACAGUAGCCCAGAAUGGACAAAACAAACACCGGCUCUAGAUAGGGCCAUUUGCUUUUUCGCAUUGGCCACCAUAGUCAGCAGCUCCUCCAUGAUCACAGUGUUGGAAAAACACUGAUUCUUUAACAUGAAACUGCGUUAUUAGUUUUUUUUUACCGGUUUAAAUCACUGGGUCAAUUUCCCUUGAAGAGUAAGAGACCUCUGCUGAUAAUUAAGCUUUUGAUAAAAACCUCCUGAACAUUGAGCACUGAAAGAAUUCUAACCAGGAGAAGUUUCAGCUGGUUACAAUCCGCAAUCCUCACCAGUAAAUGCCACUAUAUCCCCCUAAAUAUCACAAUGGAGUGUUUUGUGUUUGUACGUUAAUUAAAUUCAUGACUUGUGUCUGACUUGAGUUCAUGUCUUGUGACACAAGUCCACACCUCUGGUCACGGAGAUUCAGAUGGGCAUUUAAUGAUUUGACUGUAUGCAACAGCUCUGUCUGAAUGAUUAGAGGGGAAUGGAAAACUGAACCACAGAUCUAUAAUGUUGUUUCAGGUCACAAUAUGCUGUUAUACAACUGGAUACUUUGAAAUCAUUGACACCGUCUGAAUUCAUUAAACCCCUGUUCCAACAUGUCCGAAAGGUCUUCAGCAAGAGUAUUAAACAUAACAAAUACCUAGUUCUGGAUGUCUCUGUCACAAUAGAAAAUGAGUGUUAAAUAUCUUCGUGUUGGUGACAUUAGUUU